AUGUGCGUGUUUAGGUGGAAGGUGUUUGUGAUUAUCAGUUCGUGUAUCUUCUUUAGGAUAAUCUUGGGCAGUACUGUACCACUUGGGAGUCCAAUGAGUGUUGAACGUCCGAAACUUUUGGGUAUUCUGCCAACAGUGAGAUUUUGCUUUAGACAAAAUGAAAUUGGUAACUGCUUGAAGAAUUAUGCCAUUGAGAGGCUGGAAAAUGCAAUUGAAAGUGAUAAACCCUAUGUCAUCAAUGAGUUCAUCUCAAUAAAUCGUGAUCCCGCAUAUCAGCGUGAUCUUGGGUCAGGCGAAAAGGAAAGGAGUCUCAAUCAGAUUCUCUUUUCGCGAAUUCGAGACUUUCUUUCCUCACGGUUAAUCAGCAUUAAGUUCACGCCAAAAUUCAUGGAGGAAGGAAGAAAAAAGAAAGGCGGAGGAAAGCAUGGAAUGAUGUUUGGGGGAUUCGCAAUGAUGGGAAUGAUGUUGCACAUGAUUCUGGGAAAACUUGGCUUCCUUGCUGGAGCUGCACUUCUCAUGGCCAAAUUAUCCCUCUUCAUAUCUCUCCUGGGCUCCAUGAAGAAAUUAAUCGGCGGAGGAGGUGCUAGCGAUAGUCACGUAGUCGUCACUGAUCACGGUCACGGUCAUGGAGGUGGAUACGGUGGAAAUGGUUGGCAACGAAGCAUCAAUUCGCGGACGCCCGAUGAAGAUCAGCAAUUGCCCUACAAAGGCUACACAUCCAGUGAAUUGGCCGGCGUGUAA